AUAAUGACAAAUGACAGCUGUUUAGGUAGAAAAAGCUUGCAAAAUAGCGUGUAUUUUAAACUUAAUUUUUUAAUUAAUUUCUCAUGCAUAGCAUUAUAUCUGAUACUUAAAAACAUGGUGAAACUAACUGCCGAAAUUAUACAAAACUCCAUGCAAUUCAUAAAUCCAGUGAAAGAUAGAGAACUGGAUUUAAGAGGAUAUAGGAUACCGGAAAUUGAAAAUUUAGGUGCAACUGGAGAUCAGUUUGAUACUCUAGAUUUUUCAGAUAAUGAUAUUAGAAAAUUGGAUGGAUUUCCUUAUUUAACUAGGUUAAAAUGUUUACUAAUGAAUAAUAACCGUAUUGUCCGUAUAGGCGAACACCUCGAAGAAUACAUACCAAAUUUAGAAACCCUCGUUCUAACCGGAAACCAAAUGGAAGAGCUAGGCGACAUCGAACCUUUAUCCACUUUAGAAAAACUCACGAGUCUAAGUCUGAUGUUCAACCCAAUCACGGCUAAACAGCACUACAGAUUGUACAUUAUCUUUAAAAUUCCCCAAUUGAAAUUGCUGGAUUUUCGAAAAAUCAAACUCAAAGAGAGGGACGAGGCGAAAAUGUUGUUUAAAAGUAAGAAAGGGAAGGAAAUACAGAAGGAGAUCAUUAAGAAGGCAAAGACUUUUGUACCUGGUGGUAAUGUCAACAGUGUGGCGAAGAGUAGAGGUUUGACUGAUGAUGAAAUUAAAAAGAUCCGAGAAGCCAUUAAAAAAGCCAACUCACUGGUGGAAGUGGAAAGGUUACAAAAGAUCCUACAGUCCGGCCAAAUACCUGGAAAUGAAUUCAAUACCCGUCAACAAAACGGAGUGACACGCAUGGAUUUCGAAUGAUGGCGCAUUAGUAUGUAAUAAUCGAUUUUAUAUCGAUUUAAUUUCGACUUUUUUUGGUAAAGUAUUGCGUAAAAGUUCAAAAAUUAGUUAAUAAUAUUUUUUUUAUAAUUCCAUUGGUUGAAUUUUUUUCAGUUUUCUGUUCGAUUAUUGUAUAGAUUUAAGAUUGAUAAGAACACUGUAUUGACACACUAUGAAGCGAUAAUAAAUAAAAAACUUUUGUAUUAAAAAAUGGUUGAGAAGCGAUUGGUUUUUUUUUUAUGACAUUUUUAUGGUUUGAUACUUUUAAUUGUUGCUUUAUUUUUCAGAGCGGUUAAAGGUUAAUAAAUUACUUUUGAAU